GAUAUUUUCGAGCAACUAGAACUUAAGGAAAAACAGUUUUCUGUAUUCGAAUCAGCGACGGAGCAAAACAUGGAGCGAUUUUGGAAGUCUGUGCUUGAAGUAGAUAAUUCAUUAGUACCAGAAGACAUGUUCAAGAAAUAUAUUGAAAAUAAGCCCCAUAUUCUUGAGUUCAUAGACUAUUGCUAUUGUUCAAGAAUCUACUUUUUUGAAAUUAGAAAAUGCCAAGAAGCUAAAAAUGCAAAUAAAGAUCAUUAUAUGCCAUUUUGUGAAAUAUAUAGUAGAGAAACUAGUGAAAAAUAUCGCCCGUCUUCACUUCAAAAAGCCACAUCACUAUUAAUGACUACAACUAAUAACCUUGGUGUUAAUGGUUCUUUAUUUACAAUAUCAUCUAAAUCUGAAGAAGAAAGUUUUCUUAAAACUUUAUUGAAAUGA